AUGCCUGCCGCCAUCUUGCCCACUAGGAGUUCCCAAAUGGGGCUGGGGCUCCUGAGCGCCGCACUGCUGUUCGUGGGGAGCGCUCUCCCCGACUCCGGACUCCACUCACUCCCCCGAAGGACUGGGCGCAGCUCCUGGGGGGUGCAGGCCGGUGCCCCUGGGUGGCGGGAGGCCGCACAAGGAGGGCGGAAGGUGCUCCAGGCCCCGAAGGAAGCGGGGGCCGCAGAGGAUUGUGGGACAGCACCGCUUGCAGAUGUAUUGGAAGGGUCCAGGAUAGUAGGGGGCACAGCAGCUCAAACUGGCGCGUGGCCAUGGGUAGUUAGCCUGCAGAUUCAAUCAGGCAAAAUUCUUGCUCAUAUAUGUGGGGGAAGCUUAGUGAAAAGUAAGUGGGUCCUCACAGCUGCCCACUGCACUAAGGACACUAGAGAUCCUUUAAUGUGGAGAGCUGUGAUUGGAACUAACAGUAUAAAAGGGCAUCAUCAUCCACACUCCAAGAAGAUAAAAGUUAAAGCAAUCAUUAUCCAUCCAGACUUUAAUUUGGAAAAUUACGUAAAUGAUAUUGCACUAUUUCACUUAAAAAAAGCAGUGAGGUAUACUGAGUAUAUUCAGCCUAUUUGUCUGCCUUUUGAUGUUUUCCAAAAACUGGACCAAAACACAAAGUGUUUUAUAAGCGGCUGGGGAAGAACAGAAGAAGAAGGUAAUGCUACAGAUGUGUUACAGGAAGCGGAAGUGCAUUAUAUUUCUCGAAAGAUUUGUGGCUCUGAGUGGAGUUAUGGGAAAAUGAUUCCUGACACUUCAUUUUGUGCAGGUCAUGAAGAUGGGAUUUUUGAUACUUGCAGGGGUGAUAGUGGUGGACCGUUAAUGUGCUACUUACCAGAACAUAAACGAUUUUUUGUAAUGGGAAUUACCAGUUACGGAUAUGGCUGUGGUCGAAAAAAUUUUCCUGGUGUCUAUUGUGGGCCAUCCUUCUACCAAAAGUGGCUGACAGAUCACCUCUACCAGGCAAGCAAUAAAGGCAUAUUUAACAUAAAUAUUCUACUUGGACAGGUCCUUGUAGCCUCAGGUUCUGUUGUUUUACUAGCAAUUCCAUAAUGAAAUUCUGAAGAAUCUUUAUUUUGCAUUGUGUCCCUCUCCAUGUACUAUAUAGUGAAUAUCACUUAUGCUUUUGGCAAGUAAU